UUUUUUUUCAUUCUUCGAAUCAACACGCAGUGUUUAUCAGGUUUUCAGAGUAAGGUCUAAAUACCGGUAGUUGCUCAAUAUUUGCAGUCAAAACUAAACAACGAGAGAAGUGAAAAGCAGAGACGUGUAGGGUCACAGAAAAGGGAUUUCCUGUCUAGAAAUCCUAUUUGAACAAGCAGUGGAAGAAUACAGACAUGGCUAGACGUGUCGCCGUGGUAACAGGUUCUAACAAAGGUGUUGGUUUUGCCACUGUGAGGUCUUUAUGUAAACAGUUUGAUGGGGACGUCAUACUUACAGCACGCGAUGAAGGUCGAGGUCAAGCGGCUGUGAAAGAGUUGCAGGGAGAGGGUUUGCAGCCUAAGUUUCAUCUGCUGGACAUCAAUGACCACAAUAGUGUGAUACGCUUGAGAGAUUUUCUCCAGCAGACGUACGGCGGACUGGAUAUUCUAGUCAACAAUGCCGCCAUUGUGUUUCAUGACGAUACUGUGCCAUUUGCCAGACAAGCUGACGAGACUACAAAAACAAAUUUCUUCAAUACUUUGGACGUCUGCAAUGUUUUGUUUCCUAUUCUUAGACCACAUGCCAGAGUCGUGAAUGUAUCCAGCAUGGCAUCUCAGAUGGGACUGGCCAGGUGCUCCGAAACUCUGAGAGCCAGAUUUACUGAUCCAACAAUUACAAUGGAAGAACUCACAAGCCUGAUUAAGCGAUUCGUGGAGUUGGCCCAAGAGGGGAAACACACCGAGGGAGGCUACUGUGGCUCUUCCUACUACUUGUCCAAAAUUGGCGUGACCGUCAUGUCCAUGAUACAACAGAGAGAACUGGACGCAUCUGGAGCUGAGGAUAUUGUUGUCAACGCUUGUUGUCCAGGCUAUGUGGAUACAGAAUUGAGCAACCGCAAAGGAACUUUGACCAUCGAUGAAGGGGCUGUAACUCCAGUGUAUUGUGCACUUCUGCCCCCUAACGUUACCUCCCCCAGGGGAAAAUUUAUCAGAGAACUGAAAAUAGCGGAAUGGAAAAUGUAAUUUAGAAUUGAUGAAACGCCUAGAUCUAAUGUGUAAACAUAUAUAAAAGCUGAAGUUGUAUUCUUUUAUACUUUUAUGUGUCAAUAAAUUCAAUAAAAUCGUGUUUUUUUUUAAA